AGCCUGGACACUAGUGACGCGGGCCCAGGUUUCACUCCCAUUGGGCACCCUGCUUCCAUAGGAGCCAUCAGCGCCGCCGGAUCCCGGCUAGCGCCAGGACUCAGAUUCUCCUCAGACGCCGACAAGGAUGUCCAUGGCGCCUCGGACCCUCCUCCUGCUGCUCGCGGCGUCCCUGGCCCUGACCGAGACCCGGGCGGGCUCGCACUCCCUGACUUAUUUCUACACGUCCGUGUCCCGGCCCGGCCUGGGGGAGCCGCGCUUCGUCGCCGUGGGCUACGUGGACGACACGCAGUUCGUGCGCUUCGACAGCGACGCCGAGAACCCGAGGAUGGAGCCGCGGGCGCCGUGGAUGCGGCAGGUGGAGCCGGGGUACUGGGACCGGGAGACUCAGAAGUUAAAGGACACCACGCAGACCUACCGCGUGGGCCUGAACACCCUGCGCGGCUACUACAACCAGAGCGCGGCCGGGUCUCACACCAUCCAGCUGAGGUAUGGCUGCGAGGUCGGGGCGGACGGGCGCCUCCUCCGCGGGUACAGUCAGUUCGCCUACGACGGCGCCGACUACCUCGCCCUGAACGAGGACCUGCGCUCCUGGACCGCGGCGGACACGGCGGCGCAGAUCUCCCAGCGCAAACUGGAGGCGGCGGGUGCGACUGAGCUCCACAGGGCCUACCUGGAGGGGGAGUGCGUGGAGUGCCUGCGCAGACACCUGGAGACGGGGAAGGAGACUCUGCAGCGCGCAGACCCGCCCAAAGCCCACGUGACCCAUCACCCCGCCUCUGACCGCAAGGCCACCCUGAGGUGCUGGGCCCUGGGCUUCUACCCCGAGGAGAUCUCACUGACCUGGCAGCGAGAUGGGGAGGACCAGACCCAGGACACCGAGUUUGGGAUGACCAGGCCUGGGGGCGACGGAACCUUCCAGAAGUGGGAGGCUGUGGUGGUGCCUUCUGGAGAGGAGCAGAGAUACACGUGCCGUGUGCAGCACGAGGGGCUGCCCGAGCCCCUCACCCUGAGAUGGGAGCCUCCUGCUCAGCCCACCGCGCUCACAGUGGGAAUUGUUGCUGGAGUUCUUGGAGUUCUUCUGAUCCUGGGAGCUGUGGUCGCUGUUGUGAGGAGGAGGAGGCACAGCUCAGAUAGGAAAGGAGGGAGAUACGCUUCGGCUGCAGGUGGCCACAGGGACCAGGGCUCUGAUGAUUCUCUCAUGGCUGUGAAAGCAUGAGAAGCGGCCUGUGUGCGACUGAGCGAUGCAGAGUUGUGCAGGCCCCGUCUUUGUCCUCAGAGCCCGGCUCACCUUGAGCGCGUGGGCAGCAGGCACAGUGUGAGGAGCGGGAGCCUGGCCCGCCCUGCCGGUGUGGGCGUCUCCGUCCUGUCUCAGGUCCCGUGCACUGCGCUGCAGCUCCUGACCCAUUCAGUCUGAACAAUGAUUUAUUUUUCCAAUUCUGUCAUGAGGGGUUGGUGAGUUAAUUACAUGAGGAGAUCCCUAAAAUUUGUGAGAGAAAAUAAAUAGAAAUAAAUAGAAGCACCAGAA